GGCACAACCUGCCCGAACACCCCAAUACCCCCAAUCACGUAAGACUGGAUACCAGGCUAACAUCGUCCGUAUAUAGCAACGACCAAAUAUUUCAUCCGAAGCGCUUCCACUCAACGUUGUCGUCAUGGGUCUAAUGAACUAACCCCUCUUCUCCUUCCCCCCAUCCCGUUUGCAUGGUUCUAUCACGUACUUGUACCGAAGGGACUUGCCGCUUCGCACCAAUAGGAUUCGAACCCGCGACCCCUAAAUACGUGGUCUAAAGCCAGGGUGCCCGCCAGCGAAACGGAUCCGUCCUCAGAGAGGAGCGCAGAACACCACAUAGAGGACAACGAGCGGAGAAACAAUGGAGACUAUUCUGUUCCUCCUUCUCCUUCCUUGCGCAGCGCUUGGCCAAGGCUGGACGCGCUGGUUUAACGUGGACCACCCUACCGGACACGGUGACUAUGAACGCCUGGAGGCGGUGCGGUACUACCAUCCCGGGGAGGUGUGCGACAGUCCUACCGAGGUGGACGCCAGGACCAUCCUCGGGAUACCUGCAUACAAGACAGGGGAAAGGUUCCACGCCAACCCCGGCAACGGCUUCUGGUGCCUGAACAGCGAACAGCGUGGGAACGAGACCUGCUCGGACUACACCGUACGCUUUUGGUGUAGGGACCUGCCUAGGAAAAAAGUCAAGACUACCACGACUCCAGAAUGGUCUGCCUGGAGCGAGUGUGGAGCCAGAAGUGGCCGCUGUGGCGCCAAAAAACUGCAGACGAGACAACGUAAGCAGUGUUUCCAAAGUGAAGUGAAGUGCUCUGGGCCCGUGGUGCAAGCGCGCAUUUGUGGCAGGGUUAAAUGCUCCCCUAUAGACGGUGGCUGGACGGACUGGGGAGAGUGGUCCACCUGCACGGCUAAGUGCGGGGGAGGGGUGGAGGAGCGGCGCCGGACAUGUACCCAGCCUGCACCGCGGCAUGGCGGGAAACAGUGCGACGGGGCCAGCUCACAGCAGAGGGCAUGCGCAGACUGGAAAUGUCCAGACUGCUCCAGGCAAUGCACCAUGGGUACUCUCAGCGUGGACUGUGACUUCUGCGAGUGCCCUGGUCACGUGAUGAAGGGCAGGGUCACUGACCCCAACAAGCGUCCUGUGGAGAAGGCGCGGGUGUAUCUGGCUGAGAAGCCGUACGAACCGGUCACAGUAACGGACGACAAGGGACGGUUCCAGAUCGAAGACGUGUGCUCUAACGGUGAAGAAGUUCUGAUCAAGAAAGACAAGUAUGUCCCACUCCGGGUCCGGGCACAGACCAUGCGGCCCACCACGUCAGAGGUCCGCGCCGUCCUGUUUCCCUCAGGUAAACCGACCAUAAUGCGCCACCCUCAGAACAAGGCCCGGUUUGUGGGUGACAGUGUUACGUUCUGCUGCGAUGCGAAGGGAGAUCCACCCCCUACGAAAUAUGAAUGGUUCAAGGACGGCAAACUCAUGGACAAGUCCAAGUCCAACUACACGACGUUACAGCUGCCUGACGUCACGUCACGUGACGCGGGCGUGUACCGGUGCAGAGCGACGUCAGAAUCCGGAUCAGUGUUCUCCGGAAAGGCUACUCUAACGGUCAGAGAAAAGUCGGAGGGUGCGUGUAACCCGACACCGGGCGACCAUUUCAUCAAGCUGCCUGACGACUGUUACCAGGAGGAGACCGGCGGUUACUAUGCCAACGUGGGGAAGUGCGAGGCCGAGCCCUGCCGAGGGGAGGCGAGCUCAGCGGGAUGUAAGGAAGAAGUCGAGUAUUGCUGCGGCACCAUCAUGUUCGAGCAGAAGACGCUGUUCUGCAAGGACUACCAGUUACCGAUCCGCGUGGCGAAAACCUGCGGCUGCCGGUACUGUGUCCGCCCGAAGAUCACCAUCCGAGGCCGCGCUAUCGCCGGGGACGACGGGGAACCGCUUCGCUUCGGGCUGAUCUUCAAGGGGAAAGAGAGAGUCGCCUUCACCGGGUUUCACGGUACCUUCUCUUUUGACAUUCCCAGCGACACAGACCGAUUGGCGGUAACCUUUGUCGAUCGUUCUGGAAAGUUCAUAGACUCUACAAAAAUCCUCCCAUUCAAGAAAAAGGGUGGCGCAAUCUUCCACGUUGUGCGGCUUCAAAGAAAAGCGCCGCCGAUCGAAAUCAAUUCAGACGAAGAAGUCACCAUUGAACUCAGCGAUGUGAAAGACAGAGACCCGGUCGCGGAAUUGGACAUUCCCCCAGAAAGGUUCUUCACAAGCGACGGGAGGAAAUAUCGAGGAAAAGUCAAGGCCAGCAUCACUUUCUUGGACCCGCGAAACACCUCGAAUUUCCAGCAAGCGCAGAGCGACUUGAAUUUCAUCGACAGCGAAGGCGAGAACUUUCCUCUGCGGACAUUUGGGAUGUUCGACAUGGACUUUCGUGACGAGCAAAACAGUAAACUCCAAGUUGGCGGCAAGGUAGAUUUCUUCCUGGAUCCCUCUCAGUUCAACCUGCACCCGGAUACAAACUUGGAGGACAUCAAGUUGUGGUCUAUGAAUCCGGAGACGGGACUUUGGGAGGAAGAGGUGGGAUUCAAACCCCAGACCGUCAAGAGAAGAAAACGCGAAUCGCGUGUGUUACUUGUCGGGAACACAGAAAUGAGGGAAAACAGGUUGUUGAACUUUGACAUGCCGACGAAGCGACGGUGUUGGGCUAAAGUUCGCGCCUUCAAUGAUGAAAACUUUGAGAAGAUGGGUCAAGUAGAGGGCGUGACCGUGACCUUGAUUAACCUUGAUCCUAAGGAAGGGUACAGCGCGCCGCCGCCAUCUUGGGGGCGGUUUGAAAGCGCGGUGACGGGCCCGAAUGGCGCGUGCGUGUUCGCGUUCUGUGAUGACCAACGCGCCGACGCCUACACCGGACAGAUCAUCGCGGAAAUCGACGAAGAAAUUCUAGCGGCCGCUCCUUCCAACCCCGCCGACGCCGACAUGAUCGGAAUCACUCGGGACGUCCUGACGCAUCUCGACUACAAGCGAAGCGACCACGACGACCCGAAAGCCAAGCCGAACGCCAUCUUCACCAAUCUGCCGAAGCCCGGGCCUAACGCCGUGUGGUACGGACAGGGGCCUCUCUAUCCUUGGGACGACAAGGAGACAUGUGAAAACGCGAAAUAUGAGGACAAUCACUUCAGGUUCUACCGUACUGAAGGGAUGCAGUAUGAGUACAACUCCGUGUACUUUGACCAGUCGGACCUGAUGUCCUGGACGCCUGACCACAUGUCCUGGUGGCCAAACCCUCUAGAGUUCCGCGCCUGCUACAUUAAGGUGAAGAUAAUGAGUGAGGACCGUGUGACGGUGCGUACCAUCAGUUCGGGCGGGACCCACCCGGUGACGCGGGGGAAGGUGUACGGUCUGCGGGACGACCAGUCUACCGGGCAAGGCAACGUCUCCGCCACCUGCAUCGAGUUCAAGUGUGCCGGUAUGCUGUACGACCAGGACCAGGAGGACAAAACCUUUGUGGAAGUCGUCCCUCAAGGCAACUGCAGACGUAUCCGCAUAAAGGACGAGCUGGACGAAUACCUGCGUCUCCACCCGCCCGUCCACGAACAGAAAUCCGACAGACGCUUCGCUUUCUACGCGCCACUCGACCAGCUGGGCCACAACUACGGUAUCUACACCGUCACGGCCCCCGACCCUUCAGUCGCGAAGAAUACCGCGGUGGGGCGCUGCUUUAAGGGUUCGUCGGACAUGACUGCGAACGUCAUGUCGCCGAGAGCGGGCGUGGCUGUUGUGUUCAUCAUACGAGGUGCCAUGGCCCGUACAUACGUACACGUACAAAUCAGCAACAGUACCACCACCAAAAGGGACUGGAAGUUGAAAAUCGCCGACUGCAAAAAUGAAAGUACCAUUUCGUCAAAGACUCAGAACUAA